AGGGUAUGGAAUUUUAAACUAUGGAUCCAGGUUUACUCCGAGUAAACAGUGACUAGUUCCGUUCCCACGCUGGGAAUGCCAGCAACAGCAACCUUGGUCGUAGUGUGAGAAAAUGUCAUUCAGGAAAAUCGUCGAACACCUUCCGUUGAGGCGCAGCACACUCUCUUCCUUCCACCUCUUCACUUCCCCACUCUCCACCCAUUCCCUCCAACAGCAACAGCAACAGCAACAGCAACAGCAAGACCCUCACACCCUAAUGAAACAAGACCCAAUCCAAAUAUGCAGCUCUCUCUGGGUCAAAACCUUCUCCUCCCCCAAAACCACCUCCUUCCCCAACCUCACCGGCUUCCUCUCAAACUUCGACCUCUGGCUCUUCGCCUACCAACGCUCCUGCGCCCACGCCACCGGCACCUUCCCUCCGCGCAACGCCGUCCACGCCCCCCUCCUCCGCGACCUCCUCUCCCUCCGCAACGCCGUCCUCCGCGCCCGUUUCAUCUGGAACGACAAAACAAACCCUCUCCUCCGCGCCCCCAACGACACCGCCCUUUCCAAGCCCCUCUCCAAACGCAAACUCCAAAACAUUCUCCAAUCCAGCGAGCCCUGCUUCCAAGACCGCGUCGUUCAGGAGGUUCUCUUAAUGAUCCUCGAACCCGUCUUCGAACCACGCUUCUCCCCCAAAUCGCACGCGUUUCGACCCGGUCGAAACGCCCACACUGUUAUUCGCACCAUCCGGAGCAACUUCGCCGGUUACUUGUGGUUCCUCAAAGGGGAUUUGAGCGAGAUUUUGGACCGCGUGGAUCCAAACGUUGUAAUGAAUUCCCUCGAAAAGGGUACUAGGGAUAAGAAAAUUCUAGGGCUGAUAAAAUCUGCUCUUGAAGGACAGAAAUUGCGCGAGCGUGAUGUGUCACACAAGGAUGAUAAUAGUGAGGAGUUGAGGAGGCUUAAGAAGAGGAGAGCUACUAAAAAGAGGAUUUUGAAUGAGAAUGAACCCAAACCCGAUCCUUAUUGGUUGAGAACGUUCUUUAGUUUCGCCCCUGAGGAGGCUGCCAAAGUGCCUUGUUAUGGCCAUUGUGGGAUUUUGAGUCCUUUGCUUGCUAAUGUUUGUCUCGAUGAGUUGGACCAUUGGAUGGAGGAUUUGAUUGUGGAGUUUUUCAGGCCUUGUGAGUCUGAUUCCAUAUGGAAGUAUUCGAUUGACGACGGGUGUCAUAACCCUGCGUGGCCGGAGUUUGUGCCGUCGAGUGGGAGAGAAAAGACUAGGAAGAUGGAUUAUGUUAGGUAUGGGGGACAUUUUUUGAUUGGGAUCCGAGGGCCUAGGGAGGACGCGGUGGAGCUGAGGAAGAAGAUUGUUGCAUUUUGUGAGAGUGAGUUUCGGGUGAGGUUGGAUAAUUCCAAGCUGGAGAUUGAGCAUGUUACUAGGGGGAUACAGUUCUUGGACCAUGUAAUAUGCAGGAGGGUGAUACACCCUACCUUGCGUUACACGGGUUCUGGAGGUAACAUAGUGAGUGAAAAGGGUGUGGGGACUUUGCUUUCUGUUACUGCUUGCUUGCAGCAGUGCAUUCGCCAGUUUAGGCGGCUUCAGCUUGUGAAGGGUGAUAAGGACCCUGAGCCGCUUCCGUGUACUCCCAUGUUGUAUUCGGGUCAGGCUCAUACGAAUUCUCAAAUGAAUAAGUUCCUGGAGACCAUGGCUGAUUGGUAUAGGUACGCUGAUAAUCGCAAAAAGGUUGUUGGCUUUUGUGCCUAUGUUGUUCGCAGCUCGUUGGCUAAAUUGUAUGCUGCUAGGUAUAGGCUGAAGUCUCGUGCCAAGGUGUAUGGAAUAGCUUCACGAAAUCUUAGCCGGCCUCUGAGGGAGAGCAGCAACAGUUCUGCACCUGAAUAUUCGGAUCUUUUGAGGAUGGGGCUGGUUGAUGCAAUUGAAGGUGUUCAGUUUUCGCACAUGUCUCUGAUUCCUUCAUGUGAUUACAGUCCAUUCCCCAGGAACUGGAUUCCGGAUCACGAGAGGGUGUUGCAUGAGUAUAUAAAACUUGAAAAUCCCAAGUUUUUCUGUGAGUUGCUCAGAUCUGUUAAGAAAAAAGGUUUGACUCUGCCUCAAGAUGAAAUAUCUCAGAUGGUAUGGGACUACAAAACUCUUGGGGUUCGUUAUUUUCAAUCUAACAGGGAUAAAGAUAUAAAAUCUGAUCUGAAGGAAAUAAGUGAGAAAACUUGACACUGAUAUAAAGUUAGUGGAAUCUUCUCAAUAUCAAGGUUCUGCUUCCAAAUUGGUAUGAUCUUGUAACCAAAUGGUUAUGUGCAUUGUUAAGCCGUUUCUUAUGUUGAGCACUUGAGGGUGACCCUGUUUGCAGUGCACUGUGCAGGAUGCUUUAACUAUCUCAUUGCAGAUAGGUACCCAGAUUCCAAAAGAACAUGGAUUGGUGCAGUGUAUCCAAAUUUCAAAGAAGAAAGUCUAUGGGAC